AGAACUCAACGUGUGAUUGAACUCCGCGACGCUGCAAACAUCUCCUGACGCUCUUGAUCGCUGCUCAAAAGAUGCAGCUGCAGAAUCUUGAGCUACUCAGUAAAGUGCACCGCGAUGACGGGCAUCGCCGGUACUGCUGUCGCGCCACGGACGCGUGGUACCACUGCGUACACGGCAUUGCAGCCGCUUGGUCGGACGCACAGGGCGUAGAAGCAGAUGCCGCCUUUCAGCAAAUGAUGACAGCUGAGGCAGCCCCCGUUGAAACUCCCGCCGCAUCGACGACGACGGCGGCAGACGCGCUUCGCCGAGUUCUGAAAGUGGCCGACGUAACGUCCACCACCAACUCCAGGGAGUUCCCCGGCCCGAUGUGCAGCCCGCUGUGCAAAAGGGACAUCCCCCAAAUUCGCCAGCACACCUACACCGUCACAGAGAAGAGCGACGGCGUUCGCGUCGUGGUGGUGGCGCUGUGGGUGGCCGAUUUCCCGCAGUGGGCGUGUGCGAAAGGGGCGUGGAAUGUCUCGCACCUUUCCUCGGUGAUGGCACUGGAGAAGGCGCGACGGGACGUGCGGGCCGGGAUGCACGACACGGAGACGCCGUCGUCGUCAGGGGUCAGCGUGAUGCUGCAGGGGCGCCGAGUCACACUGCAGUCGGCAACCACCUCCGUCGAGGCGAGCGAGCCAGCGGAGACGUACACCAUCGUCGCCGAAGGUGAGGCUUUCGCGGCGCGGCGUCGCUGCGGCGGGCGCCACUUCGCCUACGCGGUUGAUCGCUCGAUGGACGCCGCGUACCUAUUCCUAGACGAUCACACAAGCGCCCAAUACCGCAACUUUGUCUUGGACGGCGAGCUGAUGUGUGUGCGUGGUUCAACCCUCGCGAAGAAAGAGGAGGGCGGUGAUUCCUCUGCUGCGGGUGCGACGGGGGCGCGUUUGCUGUUGGGCGCGUUCGAUCUUUUCUGCUUUACCCCCGCAGGCGAAGAAGAAGCGGCGAAGCUGGUGGACGCCACCAUGAUGGAGCGCUACGAGCUUCUGCAGAAGUUAAUCGCCACCUGCGCCGCCUCCCCUUCACUCAACGAGGAGCACGGCGGCUUCCUAGAAGGGCAUGUGACGUGGUACGCAAAAACCAUGUGGCGUGUCGCGGACAUCGGGGCCUGUCUGUCGAGGCUCCGCUACAGCAGCGAGCACCACUGCUUUCUCUUUGACGGGCCGCACGGGCCGACGGAGAAUGACGGACUUAUUUUUACCCCUGACCUGUUUCCCAUAUCAGUCGGCUCCAGCAGCGUGCAGCUCAAGUGGAAGUGGCGUCACCUCCUCUCCAUCGACUGGCUGUUGCUGGCCUCGGAUAAGCAGGCCGACGUCUACACGGUGUCGCUCUUCUUUAUGAAGAAGAAUUAUGGCCACAGGGAAGACGUGAUUGGGCACUGGCGCCUGCGCAGGCCCAUGUACAUCCGAAACCCACGCGGUUUCGAGAUGCCGGUCGACGCGGCGGUCGUGGCGGAGUGCGCGUACGACUUUGCGCAUCAGCAGUGGUACAUCCAACGCCUGCGACCCGACAAGCGAGGCGCCAACUCGAUCGUGACGGCCAUUUCGGUUUACGAAAGCCUCGUUGAAAACGUCUCCCUGCCGAAGCUGCUGCGUCUGCUUCAGGGGGAGGCGGACGAUGACGCAGAAGAGAAGGGCGACGCAGCACGCGUGGCGGUGGCGCUCGAAGACGCCGUACUCGCGGACGUAAGCGCAGUGACGCCGUCGUCCAACUCUGUCACCGCUGCGGGUCCACCGAUCGUUGACCUGGCGCAGGCGGAGAAGUGUGUGACGGCCGCCGUGACGCUGCGCGCCAUUCGUGAGAGCCGCGGAAACACAGAAAUCUACCUCAACGCCUUCACCAACAACACGAACAAAGCUGUCAAGUUUCCGCUGCCCUUCCCGCUGCGGAGGAUCAGCGACUGUGUGGGCCUCGGCUACGACCCGGCCACCGCUGCCGCCUCUGUGCCGUCACUGGCGGAGGCGCUUUACAUUCAGCUGGGCAACGCCGGGGGGUGCUACGCGUGGUCGGACUUCGUGGUGGACGCCUUUUACAACGGUGAGACGGGCUACUGGGAGCUGAUCCACCUCAACCCACGCGGCAACAACAAGGAUGCUCUCUUCGACAACGUCAUUGAGCAUCUCGACUGGCUGCUGCAUCACGGCGACAGUGCGGCGUUGGCACCGCUGCUGCAGCGCAGACGCGACAAACCGCUCGUGGUAGCCGCAGUGCCCACGUCCGAGGCGACGCAGCAGACAAGCCGCCACUACGGCGCGGUGGCGAAGGAGCUGGCCCACGCCGAGCGCAGCGACCUGCGCCGCUUCAACAACUGGGUGAAGUCGCUGCUCAUCACCGCCGGCGCUGCGGCGGUGCGGACGACGCUGAAGGACCCGGCAAAGCUGCACGCCCUGGACCUCUGCUGCGGCCGCGGCGGGGAUCUCUUGAAGUGGCAGCACCUCCACCCCGCCUUCGUCUUCAUGACAGACGCCUCGGUGGAGUGUGUGGCCGAGGCCGCCGCGCGCUACAGCACCUCGGAAGGGCAGAGCAUAAAGUCGAGUAAUGCGCAGCGACGAGGCUUCCCGGCGUUCUUCGCCGUGCACGACGCCUUCGACGCCACCUCCGGCCUCCGCGGCGACCUCCUCAAGCGCGGCCCCUUUCAGCUCACCUCCUGCCAAUUCUCCAUGCACUACGGCUGCCGCUCGGCGGAGGGCAUUCGGUACUUCGUGCGCGCCGUGGCGGACUCCCUCGUCGCGCGCGGCCGCUUCGUGGGCACCACCGUAAGCGAUGCAGAACUGCUGGCACGUGCGAGGACGCACGGCGCCUCCUACGGCAACGACGUUUACCGCGUUCACUUCCCCGCGGAGGCCUUCGCGCAGGUGCAGGCGGCCGACUUCGAGCCGUCGCGGCUGACUUUUGGGGUGCCGUACUCGACCACGGUGGAGCGCAGUGUGCAGGACGUGGUCGAGUACGUGGUGCCGUGGAAAUCGUUUGUGGAGCUGUGCGCGGCGCACCACCUUCAGCUCGUCCAGGAGGACAACUUCAUGCAUUUUUACGAGCAGCACAAGGAGACGCCGGAGGGCAAAGUGCUGUUAGCGGAGAUGCGUCGCAAGCGCGGACACGACGGCGAGGCGACGGCGAUCCCCCUUUCGUCGGAGGAGGUGGAAGCUGUGCAGCUGUACCGCCUGUUUGUGUUCGAAAAGACGGCGUGA